GCGGCAGCGGUGGCGGCAGACUCGACCCGAAGACAACGGCGCGCUGACCAGUCAGAUCGUAUGGCAGUAUUAGGCUGGCAGACAACGUGUAAGGUCGUUUAAAGACUUCCAAUCGACUUGGAUUGUGAAAUAAUAUCGUCAUUUUAUUACAAUUGUUCUUUUUUUUUUUUUACUCCUAGUUGUGUAACUUAGUGUGUGUGUGUGUGUUCAACAAUUUUUAAUUUUUACCAAAUACUUACAAAAAAAGUGUAAAAACAAUAUGGUGACUUCGCGACUGGCGUUGGAAGGAAUCUUACAAAACGGACUCGCCGACUUGUGUAAGGCCACUUCCAGGAUGUCGGCAAACACUGAAGACCUCUUUCAUCUAUAUAAUAUCAAGCAAAAUAUGGACGACACAGCCUCUGAAAGACGGUGCUACUCUCCAACGGAAACGAUCAAGCGAGAAACGCACACGCCGACCAACUCGAGCGAAGACUCGGGCGUAGACGUCGGACCGUGCAAGCGUAAGCGAACGAAAGACGCGUGUCCAACGUCCGCUAAGCGUCAAGACGCUAUCCUGUCCGUGAACUGCAUCAUCGACGUGCCCGACAAGAUCGGCCACGGUUGUCCACCGUUCCGGCCGUGGAGCAACGAGUCGUCGUCGGCCUCGGACGUGGGCCUCAGGCUGUUCCAUGACAUACAGAACGUGGACAGAAUACUAACGCUGACGCAGCGUAGAGAUUCACAACCGCCGGAACCACAACCGCUGGACCUCACCAGAAGCACUGGUCGUCUAACAGUCGCGCGGACCGCCGUCUACCGAACCAACGACGACGAACAGUUCGCACCUUCCACAAAAGCGUCAUUCGUCACGUCCGCCACCCCCGCCACUGCUGUCAUCACGUCGACGAAUACCGCGACUACCACAACAAGGCACGGAAAGAGCAUGUCUAGAGCCAGGCGAAUAGAAGCCAACGCGCGAGAACGGUCGCGAGUGCACACUAUUAGCGCCGCUUUCGAUACGCUCAGGUCCUCCAUACCGUCGUACUCGAAAACCCAAAAGCUGUCAAAGUUGUCGACUAUCAGGAUAGCCAGCGCGUACAUACUAACCCUGUCCAGGCUGUUGGAUAUGGACUACACCGCCGAACAGUCCAGGCCGUCCGUGGAACAGUGUGUGAACGACAUAACGGGCAUUAUACACAUGGAGGGCAAGGCGAGAAAAAGGAAGGACGACCCGUAGACGGCGGCUGUAACUUUAUCGAUGGCCGCAAUAUUAUAAAAUAGUCUAUAUUCGUUUACCCGCACAUACACAAUCGCGCUCACUAUUUUUUAAGGAUCACACCGUUGUGGCCCAGUCCCACAUGUUAAAACACAUGGCCUGCACUUGUAUAUGGUUGUGUUGAUGCGUUAUGUGUAUCGCGUACAUAAAACGUUGACCUAUAAAUUUAAAAAUAACUAUGCACAUACUGUAAUAUUACAUGUUGUAACUACAAAAAUGUGUAAAAGUAUUCAUAAAAAGCUUUUGUUAAGCUUACAUUCCAAAUAAUAUGAUUAUACAUGACGUAUUCUACACCAUAUUGUUAUAACUUCUUGUCUCUUGAGCUACAGAGAUGUUAUCCCAUCCUAUUUUUUUUUUAUACAUAUCUAUUUUUUUUAAAUAUCCUUUUAUUGUUAUGUUUAACCCUAGUCAGUCAUUAUGUACAACCAACCGAUGUAUCUAUAUAUGUUUUAAUAUUUUAUUAUUAUUAUUAUCAUCAUCGUUAUUAUGAUUACCAUAAUGUAAUUUAUGUUUUCAAUAGUUUUAUUAAUAUUACAAAAGUUUAUUUUUACAAGAAA